AGUGGCCUGAAAGAAUUACCCGGAAUUCCAGUUCUCCCCAAAGGGGCUCCCAGCCAACUCCAGUGCCGCUGGACCCAAGGGCAAACGUCGGGGAUAUGUCGGUUUUCCAAGGAUCGGGGUUCUCAGGGCGGAACAGAAGAAGAGGCUGGCUCCUCUGGAGUCCUGCCAGCAUCUGAUUCCCAGAGACUUCCUAGGAUUGCCCAGAUUGCCCAGAUUGCCUUGGAUCAGCAACUUUCUUAUACUUAAACUCAACGUUUCCAAGAAAAUACUCUGUUUGCGACGCUGUCCUAUUCAUACGGUCAAUCCAGUCUAUCUGUGGCGCAGACUUCAGCCUCUUCAUUCAAAGUUAUGCUUUGUAUUUAUACUGAGUGUGAUCGCUAAUUGAAAGUUAAUUUUUGUUUUGGAUGAGUCUGUGGAGUUUACGUUGUAAGAAGAAAGGGAGACCGAGACACCAUGAAAGAAAAGUCCAAAAAUGCUGCCCGGACAAGGAGAGAGAAAGAAAACAGUGAAUUUUACGAACUGGCUAAGUUACUGCCUUUGCCCUCAGCUAUCACGUCGCAGCUGGACAAAGCAUCCAUAAUCAGACUCACGACCAGCUAUCUCAAAAUGAGAGUGGUGUUCCCCGAAGGGCUUGGCGAGGCAUGGGGCCACACGAGUCGGACCAGCCCCCUGGACAACGUUGGCCGCGAACUCGGUUCUCAUCUACUCCAGACCCUGGAUGGCUUUAUCUUCGUGGUGGCCCCAGAUGGGAAGAUCAUGUACAUUUCAGAGACAGCUUCAGUUCACCUGGGCCUUUCUCAGGUAGAACUGACCGGAAACAGCAUCUAUGAGUACAUCCACCCUGCUGACCAUGAUGAGAUGACAGCAGUGCUCACUGCACAUCAGCCCUACCACUCUCACUUUGUGCAGGAGUAUGAGAUUGAACGUUCCUUCUUUCUGAGGAUGAAGUGUGUCUUGGCCAAGCGGAAUGCUGGUCUCACCUGCGGUGGCUACAAGGUCAUACACUGUAGUGGCUAUCUGAAGAUCCGCCAGUACAGCCUGGACAUGUCCCCCUUUGAUGGCUGCUACCAGAAUGUAGGCUUGGUGGCCGUAGGUCACUCUCUGCCUCCUAGCGCUGUCACAGAGAUCAAAUUACACAGCAACAUGUUCAUGUUCCGUGCCAGCCUGGACAUGAAGCUCAUCUUCCUUGACUCCAGGGUGGCAGAACUGACUGGGUAUGAACCUCAAGACCUGAUUGAGAAGACUCUGUACCAUCACGUGCAUGGCUGUGACACCUUCCACCUACGCUGUGCGCACCACCUAUUGCUGGUGAAGGGCCAGGUGACCACCAAGUACUACAGGUUCCUGGCGAAGCACGGCGGCUGGGUCUGGGUCCAGAGUUAUGCCACCAUAGUUCACAACAGCCGCUCCUCCAGGCCGCACUGCAUCGUCAGCGUCAACUAUGUCCUCACAGACACGGAAUACAAAGGGCUGCAGCUUUCCCUGGAUCAGAUCUCAGCUUCCAAACCCACUUUCUCCUAUGCCAGCAGCUCCACACCCACCAUCACUGACAAUAGGAAGGGCGUGAAGACUAGGCUCUCUAGCUCAAAGUCAAAAUCCAGGACUUCCCCAUACCCACAGUAUUCCGGAUUCCACACAGAAAGGUCGGAAUCCGAUCACGACAGCCAAUGGGGCGGAAGUCCCCUGACUGACACUGCCUCCCCGCAGCAGCUCCUGGAUCCAGAGCGGCCGGGUUCCCAGCACGAUGUGUCCUGCGCCUACAGGCAGUUUCCAGACCGCAGCUCGCUCUGCUAUGGCUUUGCCCUGGACCACUCCAGGCUGGUGGAAGACAGGCACUUCCACACCCAGGCUUGUGAGGGAGGCCGGUGCGAAGCAGGCAGGUACUUCCUGGGAGCGCCACAGUCUGGGAGGGAGCCUUGGUGGGGCUCUCGCACAGCCCUGCCUCUGACCAAGGCCUCCCCGGAGAGCAGAGAGGCCUAUGAGAACAGCAUGCCGCACAUCGCCUCGGUCCACAGAAUCCAUGGACGAGGUCACUGGGAUGAAGACAGUGUGGUCAGCUCUCCAGAUCCUGGGUCAGCCAGUGAAUCAGGUGAUCGAUACCGCCCUGAACAGUAUCAAAAUAGCCCACAUGAACCUAGCAAAAUUGAAACUCUGAUAAGAGCCACCCAGCAAAUGAUUAAAGAAGAAGAGAACAGACUACAGCUAAGGAAAGCCCCUCCAGACCAACUGACUUCCAUUAAUGGAGCUGGAAAAAAACACUCCCUCUGUUUUACACACUACCAACACCCCCCGUCAUCAGAAGUCUGUCACAGCUCUGCUCUUGCCAGCACUUCACCAUGCGACCAUAUCCAGCAGAGAGAGGGAAAGAUGCUGAGCCCCCAUGAAAAUGACUAUGACAACAGCCCUACUGCACUAUCUCGGAUUAGCAGUCCCAAUUCUGAUCGCAUUUCAAAAUCCAGUUUGAUAUUAGCUAAAGACUAUCUACAUUCAGACAUGUCUCCUCAUCAGACAGCAAGCGACCAUCCUGCCAUCUCUCCAAACUGCUUUGGUUCCCACCGGCAGUAUUUUGAUAAGCAUGCCUACACAUUAACUGGAUAUGCCCUGGAACACUUAUAUGACAGUGAAACCAUUAGAAACUAUUCCUUGGGCUGUAAUGGCUCACAUUUUGAUGUAACUUCCCAUUUAAGGAUGCAGCCAGACCCAGCACAAGGACACAAGGGAACAUCUGUUAUAAUAACCAAUGGAAGCUGAUGUUUUUCUAAAAUAUUUUGUUCUUCAAGGGUCUCUGAAACAUAUUUACAGUUUAAUGCCCCAUUAGCAGCAUUUGCUCUGCCACAGAGUGUUAGAGAGGCUAAUUUAAGUUUCUGGCUAUUUUACACGCGCUCCUGUGAAAUUAAAGAAACCAGUAGCACUCACAUUCAGGGUUAUAUACAGAUAAUAGAGCUAAAGAAAAUAUAGGAAUU